AUGAUUGCAGCUAUUGAAAAAAGUGGUAAUAUCAUUUCGUGUGCAAUUACAACGCCUAAUAAAACGAACUUAGCAGCAUUUACAACACAAUUUGAUGUUGCUGUUAAACCACUUGUAAGUUAUUUCAAUCGUAAUCAAAUACAUCUAAAAGGGGUAAAUGGUAAAAUUGCUCUGGUUAAUAGUUUUAUGGAAAUUUAUCAAAAGCCUAUUACUGCAUCAACAACUCUUCUUUUACAUACUAUAGAAACCCUACAGAAUAUUGAACUAGUUCAACACAGCAUACUCACAUUAGCAACUACACAAGAUUUACCUAUUCUUACAGUGUGGCUUAAAAAUUUUCAGAUAGAUGCUGGUCUACUUCCUUUAAAACCUGACGAAGAAAUACAAGCCGUAACAGAAGAUAAGAUUACAAAGAAGACUCUUUACAAAUUGGUUCUUAACGGAGAUCAACAACCCGUUAGCAUGCUGGCUAUAGUAAGAGAAACAGAAAAGUUUGCUGUAAUUAGUUGGGUAUAUACGCCACCAGAUUCAAGAAGUAAAGGAUUUGCAACUACUGCUGUUUAUAAACUAACAGAACUAAUACAUAAUACCUAUCGAAAACAAUGCAUCCUUUUUACUGAUAAAUCAAAUCCUGUUUCAAACAAGAUGUAUCAAAAUAUUGGAUACCGACCAAUAGCAGAAUAUCUAGAGAUUGACUUUUAA